UAUAACUGGUGAGUUCUGUCUAUAUCUAUUAGAGGUGAGCGCAAUGGGAGCAAUUGCUAUUACUACUGUGUUUCUUCUAGCUGCUUUUAUGCACCAAGUGCAUGGGGCUCAAAUUGAAGUAGUUGGUAAACCCAAAAGGAAAGGGUGUGAUCUUUAUCAAGGAAGAUGGGUUCAUGAUGCUUCUUACCCUCUUUAUAAUGUAACUGGCUGUCCUUUCAUUCUCAAAGAAUUUGAUUGCCACAACAAUGGUAGACUUGAUUCACUCUAUCUCCAUUAUAGGUGGAAACCCACUUCAUGCAGAUUACCAAGGUUCAAUGGCAAACAAUUUUUGUCAAAAAUGAGGGGAAAGCGUAUCAUGUUUGUGGGAGACUCUUUAGGUUUGAAUCAAUGGCAGUCACUUACUUGCAUGCUUCACACAGCAGUACCAGAAGCUUUUUUCACUUUGGUUAGAGUUGGAGGCCUCUCUACAUUUACAUUCCCAGCGUACAAUGUUUCAGUGAUGUUCUCUAGGAAUGCAUUUCUAGUUGACAUUGUCAAUGAAAAAAUUGGACGAGUUCUAAAACUAGACUCCAUUAAAAAUGGAAGGUCAUGGAGGGGAGCAGACACCUUGAUCUUUAACACAUGGCACUGGUGGCUUCACACAGGAAGAAAGCAACCAUGGGAUUGGAUCCAACAAGGAAAGAGAUUAUCCAAAGACAUGGAUCGAUUAGUUGCCUAUGAGAAAGCACUUAGCACUUGGGCUAGGUGGAUUCAAUUAAGUAUUAAUCCUAUUAAAACCAAGGUCUUUUUUCAGGGUGUUUCUCCAGACCAUGCAAAUUCAACAGAUUGGAGCAAUUCUUUGGGAAAGAACUGCAUGGGAGAAACAGAGCCAUUGUUUAAGCAAAACUAUCCAAGAGGUACACAUCCAGCAGAAGCUAUUGUAGAAAGAGUUCUGGGAACUAUUUCAAAGCCAAUUUAUUUACUUAACAUCACUUUCCUUUCACAAAUGAGAAAAGAUGGACAUCCCUCAGCUUAUGGUUUUGGGGGUCACCGUACCCCAGAUUGUAGCCAUUGGUGCCUCCCUGGAGUUCCUGACACUUGGAAUGAGCUCUUAUUUGCAGCACUCUUUUACAAGUAAAAUAUUUCUAUUAGUAUUUGACAAUUAUAAGAUUAUUGAUGUUUAGUUAUUUGGAAUAAUAAAAUCUAGUUAUUAGCCAUACA